AUGAGUUUAACAGCAGCAAAUCUCGAGGCUCUCAACAAAGCGAACGGCCAACGCUGUACUUCUACAGACACUCCCAGCACAGCAACCAGUAGCACCAGAACAGGUUUGUACGACGACGUGAGUUACCAGUACCCAGACAUCAAGGAAGACACAACCACAACCACAACCGACAGCGUUAGGACGGGCCUAUACGACGACAUCAGUUACCAGUACUCAGAUGACGAUUCAGACGACGAUUCAGAUGAUGACGAGUCUGGCCCAAAUAGGUCAGAUGAGGUGCUUUCUGCGAAACGUACCGCCCGAUGCAAAAGCUUCUGCAGCAGCAUCCAGUACGAUGUUUUUCACUAUGGACCCCCAUUGAAUAUCUCCGGAAACAGUCGUAGACAUGGUUCUCCGCUACAAUCGCGAGGUGGAAUUCAGUGCCUGCGAAACUGA